UGGCGAUGGACCUGAUCCCAGACUUUUCCCUGGCUAGCUGGGUUCUCCUGGCUACAAGCCUGGUGCUCAUCUAUCUAUAUGGAACCCAUAGACAUGGACUAUUUAAGAAGAUAGGAAUUCCUGGGCCAACACCUCUGCCUUUUUUGGGAACUAUUUUGGGCAACCUCAAGGUGAGUAGUUUUGGAGAUUUUGACAUAAAAUGUUAUAAAAAGUAUGGACCUAUGUGGGGGUUAUAUGAUGGUCGAUGGCCUAUGUUGGCUAUCACGGAUACAGACAUGAUCAAAACAGUGCUAGUGAAAGAAUGUUAUUCUGUCUUCACAAAUCGGCGGCCGUUUGGUCCAGUGGGAUUUAUGAAAAGUGCCAUCUCCAUAUCUAAGGAUGAAGAAUGGAAGAGAAUACGAACGUUGCUGUCUCCAGCCUUCACCAGUGGGAAACUCAAGGAGAUGUUUCCCAUCAUUGGCCAAUAUGGAGAUGUGUUGGUGAAAAACCUGAGACGGGAAGCAGAGAAAGGCAAGCCUGUCACCAUGAAAGACAUCUUCGGGGCCUACAGCAUGGAUGUGAUCACUGGCACGUCAUUUGGGAUAAACGUUGAUUCCCUCAACAACCCACACAAUCCCUUUGUUGAAAAUGCCAAGAAGCUUUUAAGAUUUAGUUACUUUGAUCCAUUGCUUUUCUCAAUACAACUCUUUCCAUUCCUUACUCCAAUUUUUGAAGUAUUAAAUAUCUCUAGGUUUCCAAGAGAUGUUACACAAUUUUUUAAGGAUUCUGUAAAAAGGAUGAAAGAAAGUCGCCUCAAAGAUAAAGAAAAGCAUCGAGUAGAUCUUCUUCAGCUGAUGAUUGACUCCCAGAAUUCUGGAGAAACUCAGUCCCAUAAAGUUUUGUCUGAUCUGGAGCUUGUGGCCCAAUCAAUUGUUUUCAUUUUUGGUGGCUAUGAGACCACUAGCAACACUCUUUCCUUCAUUAUGUAUUUAUUGGCCACUCACCCUGACAUCCAGCAGAAAUUGCAGGAGGAGAUUGAUGCAACGUUGCCCAACAAGGCACCUGUCACCUAUGACACCCUGGUACGGAUGGAAUAUCUUGAUAUGGUGGUGAAUGAAUCUCUCAGAUUAUUCCCAAUUGCUGGCAGACUUAUGAGGGUCUGUAAGAAAGAUGUUGAAGUCAAUGGGGUGUUCAUUCCCAAAGGGGUAAUGGUCAUGAUACCAAUCUUUGCUCUUCACCGAGACCCAAAGUACUGGACAGAGCCUGAGGAGUUCCGUCCUGAAAGGUUCAGUAAGAAGAACAAGGACAGCAUAGAUCCUUACAUAUACAUGCCCUUUGGAAGUGGACCCCGGAACUGCAUUGGCAUGAGGUUUGCGCUCAUGAACAUAAAACUCGCUCUCAUCAGAGUUCUGCAGAACUUCUCCUUCAAACCUUGCAAAGAAACUCAGAUCCCAGUGAAAUUAAGCAACCAAGGACUUAUUCAACCGUCAAAACCCAUUGUUCUUGCGGUUGAAUCGAGAAUUGAGAGCGUAAGUGGAGCCUGACUUUCCCUAAGGACUUCGGCUUUGUUCUUCAAGGAAGCUGUACCCCAGAGCACCAGAGGUCUCAAUUCACUUUUUGAAUAAAACCCAGAAAUGGAGAUGGGCUUCACCUACUGCAGUUGAU